AACCUUUUUGUAACGCUAGGAUCACUUCCGCCAUCCGUGUCCAUGACAACCGAAACGCAUCUUCCAAAUGAUGUCAGCGUCACAUUACCCGUCAUGCCUCGCGGUGGAAGGGCAACAAGCAGCAGCUCGCGCAGAACCGGCUCCUCUUCACCCGGAACAGGAACUGCUCUUUUCUCACUCAGUCAUGGACCAAGACUACGAGAGCCGGCUCUUACGACAGAUCAACAUUCAGAACGACAACUCGUCCAGUCCUGUCAAAGUGCCGGAGGUGAUGCGAGUCCUGACGCCCACUAACUCGCCGCUGUCCUCGCCCAGUAAACACGGAGACAGGUUCAUCCCGUCCCGCGCCGGAGCCAACUGGAGCGUCAACUUCCAUCGCAUCCAUGAGAAUGAAAAAUCACAGAAUCAGAACAGGAAGACCAAAGACAGCGGGUCAGACGGCAGCAAAGCGGAUGGAUUGGCGUAUUCAGCGCUGUUGAAGAACGAGCUGUUGGGCGCAGGAAUAGAGAAGGUGCAGGACCCGCAGACCGAAGACCGCCGACUGCAGCCGUCCACGCCGGAGAAGAGGAGACUGUUCAGAUAUUCUCUGAGUGCCAAGCGUUCUCUUCCUGAUGACGGUAACAGUGUGUCGCCGUACUCCCUGUCGCCCGUCAGCAGUAACAGUCAGAAGUUGUUGAGAUCUCCACGCAAACCCACGCGGAAGAUCUCCAAGAUCCCGUUUAAAGUGCUGGAUGCUCCGGAGCUGCAGGACGACUUCUAUCUGAACCUGGUGGACUGGUCCUCACUGAACGUGCUGAGCGUCGGCCUCGGGACCUGCGUCUACCUGUGGAGCGCCUGCACCAGCCAGGUGACGCGGUUGUGUGAUCUGUCUGUGGAAGGAGACUCGGUCACGUCUGUGGGCUGGUCGGAGCGGGGGAAUCUGGUGGCGGUGGGCACUCAUAAAGGCUUGGUUCAGAUCUGGGACGCGGCGGCGGGAAAGAAGCUGUCGGUGUUGGAGGGUCACACGGCUCGCGUGGGUGCGCUGGCGUGGAACGUGGAUCAGCUGUCGUCGGGCAGCAGGGACCGGCUGAUCCUGCAGCGGGACAUCCGAGCGCCGCCGCUGCAGUCCGAGCGCCGCCUGCAGGGUCACAGACAGGAAGUGUGCGGACUGAAGUGGAGCACUGACCACCAGCUGCUGGCGUCCGGAGGAAACGACAACAAGCUGUUGGUGUGGAAUCACUCCAGCGUUCUGCCCGUGCAGCAGUACACCGAGCACCUGGCCGCAGUGAAGGCCAUCGCCUGGUCUCCGCACCAGCACGGGCUGCUGGCCUCCGGCGGCGGGACGGCCGACCGCUGCAUCCGCUUCUGGAACACGCUGACGGGUCAGCCGCUGCAGUGCAGUGACACCGGAUCGCAGGUCUGCAACCUGGCCUGGUCCAAACACACCAACGAACUGGUCAGCACUCACGGAUAUUCCCAGAAUCAGAUCCUGGUGUGGAAGUAUCCGUCUCUUACUCAGGUCGCCAAGCUAACGGGUCAUUCCUACAGAGUCCUUUACCUGGCCAUGUCUCCAGACGGAGAAGCCAUCGUCACUGGAGCCGGAGACGAGACGCUGCGAUUCUGGAACGUUUUCAGCAAAAUGAGAUCCACGAAGGAAUCCGUAUCAGUUCUGAACCUCUUCACAAGGAUCCGAUAAUAUUAGAGACAUUACAGAAACAUCCUAGAAGUCAUGAACUGAUCGUAAGUCAUGUGACCUCUCCAUCUUCCUCUGGUGCUGUUUGACGACAGGAAGUGAUGGAGGAUGGAACAGGAAGUCAGUACCGCCAAAUAACUGAGUGUGUCUUUGAUUGUUUUCCGUCACCGCAGUGCUUUCUCAUUUUGCAGAUUAAUAUAAUUGUUGUUAUACAGAUGAUUAUUAUGAUUUGUUUUAUUAUGGUGUGUCUGUGGAGACGGUCUGCCUUACGUUGUGAUUAUGGGAUUAUGAGACGCUUUUGUUUCUUUUGAUGGAAAAAAACAACAAAUUUUAGUUUCCACAUCUACUUCAAAGUCUCUAAUCGUUUGGGUUUGACUCGUUUGUCUCAAUAGAGAUUAUGAACUCAGUCAGAUGAAAAUGUCCAGACUAUAUUUCUGUCAUUUCUAAUCGUUCCAGAAACAUCCGCUCAGACGUGAUUCAGGUUCACGCAUCCGUUCAGGUGAUUAUUUUCCUCUAGUUGUUUACCUGUUUUUCAAGCGAGUUUUAUUAUUUGUAUUAUUAUUGUGGAGUGAAUGAUGGGAUGAGCGUCUGUUAUUUAUUGGUUGAGGCAGUGAUUGUGUGUAAAGCAGAACAGAACAGUUAAAAAGACAAUGAAAAUGCAUUAAAAACAUGUUCGCAUA